UUGAUUUCGAGGGCUUACUGGCAUUCAGUAGCACAGCGUCUGUCAACGUAUUAACAACAACUAAUUACGUUCAACAUCAAGUAAAUUACAAUAAACAGCAGCAAGAUGAAAUGCACUCUCUUCAUAUUCGCUUUGAUCGCUUUGUUGUUGUGCGCUAGCGCACAAACCGUAGACAAGUCGGCUUGUUCGCAGCCCAAAGAGGUGGGUCCAUGCCGCAAAUCCGAUCCGAAAUUCUUCUACAACAACGAGUCGAAGGCCUGUGAGAGCUUCAUUUAUGGCGGCUGUCAGGGCAAUGACAAUCGCUUCGACUCCAAGGAGGAGUGUGAGAAGCUUUGCCUCUAAAGUGUAUGCAACAACAACUAGCGUUUAUCGAUAAAUUUAACAAUCGUAAUAACGUUGUUGAAUCAUAUCGGUGCGUUUAAUUGUCGUUAAUGCAAAGGAGUAUGCAUACAUAUAAGUAUGAGUAUGAGUAUGAGUAUUUGUUGAAUAAUUAUUAUUUCAUUUUUGUUAAUAAAUCGUUAAGUUGCGCAACAUUUGUUUAUAAAUAAA